GAGAAGAAGUAGCAUUACAGUCCCUCAAUAAUUGAGGUAUAAGGAAAACGAGUGGCCGGUCGAACCAGAUCUCGGUUUCUUCCCAUCUACAAUUGAUUUGGGCAAUUUGAUGAGCUGCUUCAUUUCCUUCCCUUCCCCAAAAUUGUCAUUCAACCUUCUUCCCCUGGAUCCUCUCCCUUAUCUCUUCACACAUAAUACCAAUUUCCAAGUUAAUCGCCUCCUUCCCCUGUAAUUUGUAAAUAAAGUUUUGGCAAUAAGUUUCCAUCAUUAUUGGGCAUAGUUGAUUCUACCGCAUAAUCUUUAAUCCCCAGAGAAACGCCUCCGCUUCAGCCAUUUCGGGUUGCCAACUAACCCGACUUCUUCCUACCGUCGCCAUCACAAAUCUCCUCUCCCUAUCACGAACCACCAUUCCGGCUCAUGUUCCCCCAUCCUUCAGCACACUGGCAUCUACAUUCGCUUUGUAGCCCAUUGCCGAUUUCUCCUACCUGUAUCUUCGACUUGUCUGCGCUGGCGUCACAUCCCGGUCAUGGGCUCUUCAAUAUUCAUCCAGGCAAUGCUGAGCUCUCUCUACAACCUCCCAUUCCUCCAGCUUCUGAUUGUUGAAUUGUUGAUUGUUUCUUUCUUUCUUUCCAAAUGAACCACAAUGUAAUUAGAAAUUCACAGAUUUCCUCAUCCUUUGCCUGCUCCAGUAGUUAACAUAUCCAAUUAGCACAAUCUCGAUCUUCUCCCAUCUCGAACAUCUUGCUAAGAUAGCUAGGUCUCCAGAUUCUUCCCACCCAGUCACAAUCUCGUGUUAUAUGUUCUUGGGUUUCCACUAGUCCACAGAACGGACAUUCAUCACUUGCUUCUGGAAUGCGCUUAGCUAGGUUACUGCCUGUAGGUAAAAUAUUCGAUCCCCAUCUCCAUACAAACACCCUCACGUUUGGUGGCAGUUGCAACUGCUGAGAGCCUAGGCCUGUUGAUUGGUUCAUAAUGUAUUCAAAUAUGAUGAAUAUUCAUUUUGUUUAGAAUUUUGUAUUUUAUUCAAAUAUGAUGAAUAUUCAUUUUGUUUAGAAUUUUGUAUUUUAUUCAAAUAUGAAUGUAUAUUUUAGAAAGGAUAUUCUUAAAUACGUUAUAGAUAUCAUAUAUGCCUAAAUUUGCUUUACUGUUGAUGAUUUUCUACUUCUGCACAUUUUUUACUAAAAUCAAUAUGAAUUGCAUCACUAAUCGGACCGUUCCAGUUGCAAUCGGGUUGACAACCAUUGUUGUCCAGUCUGGCAGUCGCCUCUCCUUUAUUCUCCUAUUUUGCUUUUUUUUCUUUUCUUUUUUUACUUUUACAGGCGGGCAGGUCUGGGCUGGGCUGCCUCGCUUCCUCCACCCCAUACCAGCUAUUCUUCCAUGUGCCAUCAUCUCUCUCUUUGCCAUGGAAUUCAAGCAAGAAUCCCGCUUUCACCUUUCUUUUCUUCACGGCCGUCGCCACACCCGCCAUUGAUCUCCUCAAUUCCGCUGCGGCUGCUGCUUCUCCUCCUUAUUCCGGCAGAGCCAACCUCCCGAAAAUCCCUCCCAGCUCCCUCGGAAAUCCGUCCAAUUAAGCAGAGCAGCAGCAUAAUCGCCUUCAGACCCAGCGCACAUCUCAGCUGCCAUGUCCUUCUCCUGCGGGCUGGAGUGCGUGCUGGUGCUGGGCUGCGCUCGCUGGGUCUGGAAGCGCUGCACUUACAUUGGUUCCGACGACAGCGCCACCUGGACUAACGCCACUCCCGACGAAUUCGAGCCCAUCCCUCGCAUCUGCCGCCUCAUCCUCGCUGUCUACGAGACCGAUCUCCACAACCCUCACUACACCCCCGCCGGCGGCUACUGUCUCCAACCGGACUGCGUCGUCAAGCGGGUGACCUACGAGCAGGCACAGGGCUGCUCCACUCCCUACAUAAUCUACCGCGAUGACGAGCACAAGGAGAUCGUUCUGGCCAUGAGAGGCCUCAACUUGGCCAAAGAGAGCGAUUACAAAGUCCUACUCGACAACGGGCUCGGCAGGCAGAUGUUCGACGGCGGCUAUGUCCACCACGGCCUGCUCAAGUCGGCCAUUUGGGUGUUGAAUCAGGAAGGAGACACGUUGAGGAGGAUGUGGGAGGAGACGGGCAAGGAAUACACCAUGGUUUUCGCCGGCCAUUCGCUGGGCUCCGGCGUGGCGGCUUUGUUGACUGUGAUUGUUGUGAAUCAUAGGGAGAGAUUGGGUGGGAUUCCGAGGGACAAAAUCAGGUGUUACGCAAUUGCUCCUGCUCGGUGUAUGUCACUUAACUUGGCCGUUAAGUAUGCGGAUGUUAUUCACUCCGUUGUCUUGCAGGAUGAUUUCCUGCCGAGGACUGCCACUCCUUUGGAAGAUAUUUUCAAAUCAAUCUUCUGCUUGCCCUGCCUACUGUUUUUGGUUUGCUUGAGGGAUACAUUCAUCCCGGAAGGUAGAAAGCUCGGAGACCCUAGAAGGCUAUAUGCACCUGGAAGAAUGUAUCACAUUGUGGAGAGGAAAUUUUGCAGGUGUGGGAGGUUUCCCCCAGAGGUGAGAACUGCCAUUCCGGUAGAUGGGAGAUUCGAACAUAUCGUGUUAUCAUGCAAUGCCACUUCAGACCAUGCAAUUGUUUGGAUUGAAAGAGAAGCGGAGAAGGCAAUAAACAGGAUGAAGGAAGCUAUGGGUGAGAACAUGACAACAGCUCCAAAAGCACAGAAGAUGGACAGGAUUCAGACACUGGAGAAGGAACACAAAGAUGCACUGGAGAGAGCAGUGAGUUUAAAUGUACCACAUGCUGUGAGCGAUGCCGAGGCAGAAGAAGCAGAUGAAGAAGAAGGGGAAGAAGCAUCGGAUAGAAUAGGCGAAGAGCAGUCCCAGUCCCAGACCCGAGAGGAAGAGAGCGUGGAAGCGGGUGGGAAAACCAAGUCAGGGAGAACCAACUGGGAUGAAGUUGUAAAGAAAUUGUUCAAGAAGGGUGACUCUGGUGUGACAACUGUAAAUAGGGAUAUAGGAAUUACGGGGGCCAGAUGACACCAUAAGAAACUUUUGCUUUGUUAGCGUCGACUGCCUGGUCUUCACUGAUACUCUUUGUUUGUUCUUUCUUUUCUUCUUUGCUUGUGUUGCGUCUUAUUCUUACGGGAUGGCGAAGUGGGGACUGUCUUCACUCAGCGUCUUGAAGUUUUUUGUGUAACUAAUUAGUUCCGAUUGGUAAGGAAAUGUCAAGAAAUUUCAAGGUGGUUUCACUAAUGUGUUGUCUUGGGAGACAUCCUGGACAGGCCUUUGACCUUUCUAUCUAUUUUUAUCACUUGAUUUUUUUUUCUUAUUGAAAGUGAUCAAAAUUCAGGAAAAAUAAUAUUAUUUAAUGUUCAGCAGAAUUUAUGACUUGUUUCAGUCAUUUUUUUGUUUGAUUCCAAUUCAGGGUACAAUUUCAUAAGUCAGAUUAUGAUGUGCAACGAGCUGGACUAAAUCAUGAGAACUUUGGUUGAAUAAUUAAAAGAAAAAUUAGGAUUAAGAACUGGAUCAUACUUAUGUUUAGUUUUUUUUUUUUUUUUUAGUAUUUGUAAAAUUCAUGAAAUUAAAAACUCGAUCAUAUUAUAUUCGAUGCGGUUCCAACUUGUCGAUUUGGUUUGCGCCAGACAUAAUAGUUGAACAUCCCUAACGUCAACUAUAAACAAAAGUUUCACCCAGCAAUUUGAAAUGACUCGUCAUUCCAUUUUGAUCUAGUCUUACUCAUCACGUCUCGUUUUUCACCUUUUCUAUUAUCGAAUAUAUCUUGAAUUUUCAC